GCAAAGAGAGAGAGAGAGAGAGAGAGAGAGAGAGAGAGAGAGAGAGAGAGAGAGAGAGGUAAAUGGAGAAUCCGAAACACUUCGUUUUGGUUCAUGGAAUUUGCAAUGGAGCAUGGUGCUGGUACAAGCUUGUCACUCUCCUCCGGCACACCAGUCACCGUGUCACUGCCUUGGACCUUGGUGCUUCUGGGAUCAACUCCAAGCAGCUACAUGAGAUCACUUCCGUUUGGGACUAUGUCCAGCCAUUGAUGGAGUUCAUGGCUUCUAUUUCCCACGAGGAGAGGGUCAUAUUGGUUGGCCAUAGUUAUGGCGGCCUUCCUAUAUCUCUGGCCAUGGAGAGCUUCCCUCAGAAGGUUUUGGCUGCUGUUUUUGUCACAGCCUAUAUGCCUCAUUACAAUUCUUCCCCUGGAGUUCUCAUACAAGAAUACUUCAAAGGGACUCCAGUUGAAUCAUUAUUGGAUUGUGAGCUUAAGUUUGGCCAAAACCAGGAAAAUCCACUAACCUCAGUUGUCUUUGGUCCACAAUACAUGGCAGAAAAAUUGUUCCAGCUGUGCAAACCAGAGGAUCUGGAAUUAGCUAAAAUUUUGGUAAGGCCAUCCGGGUUGUUCUUGGAAGACUUCAUGACCAAAGAGUGCCAGCUAACAGAACCGAAGUUCGGGUCAGUAACUAAGAUUUUUGUAGUGUGCGAAGGAGAUGAAGUUGUCAAAGAAGAAUUUCAACGGUGGAUGAUUGAGAAUGGUCCGACUGCACAAGUGAUACUGAUUAGAGAAGCUGGUCAUAUGGUCAUGCUCUCAAAGCCCGAACAACUCUGUGGAUGCUUAUGUGAAGUGGCUGAGAAAAUAUGGUAAUGCUUGUUUUAAACCUUUCAAUAAAUCCAAAAUCUGUUGGCUUUGUGGCCAGAGACUAGUUUGUUACAACUUUGUCUUUUGGCGAGUAGUGUCAAGCUAUACCUAUAAUCAUGUGGGUGCCGCCCCCAAGCUGGCAAGUAACUUAAAAUUUUCCAUUUAAGGGUUAUGGAUGUCGGUAAGAAAAGUUAAAAUGGGAAUUGCAUCUGCUUUAGUUGUUUUGAUACAAGUCGUACUAGCAGAGGCGGGAGCCACCACCCAGAAGAAGAAUGAUGAAGUGAUGGAAAACCUUAUCGUGAAAAGAAUUGUGUGGUGGACACUGGACAUUAUAUAUUAGCCAUGUUGUAUUGUCUGUCUAAUAAUGCCUGCCCCCCCUCUUCUGUUUCCCAUCUUCUUACUUAGGAAAAGGAUGUUUUAGUUGGGCUUUAGCCCGGCCCAUAUCCGCCCCCUAACGCUAGUUGUGCACAUAAGUUGCAAGAAAAACAAAUUCCAUGGAACUUGUCUA